GUUGCAGCGUCUCUACAUGACAGUUAAAAUACUGCAAAGCAAGUUAAACACGAAAUACUCCCGAUACGCGUUUGUUUUACCGAGGACUUCGAGAUCUUCAAAAAAAAGAAAAUUUGCGUGUUUGUUGGUGAGCGAUUAUGGAGAAAAAACAGCCAGAAAAAAAUCGUCCUGAUUUCGGGAUGUUUCGUCCCCACCGUCCAGUCAUGCCAAGCGAGGGUCACAGAGACGAACUUCCCCCGUUAAAUACCACCUCUUCUCUCACUAGUAGACCAGGCACAAAUCGGCAACAGGCAGAAAACCAUUUAUUUGGAUCUGAGAGGAUUCAUCCUCUUCCUCAGAGUGUGUCAAGAGGACCUCACAGGGACGAACUGCCUGCUUUGAGUGCCAUCUUGUCUGUUGGUAGUAGACCAGAUAUAAGUCAACAAGAACAGAAAGAAAACCAUCCAUCUGUAUCUAAGAUGAUUCAUCCUAGAGGACAUCACAGGGACAAACUGACCCCUUUGCCCUGCAUAUUCUCAAAUCUCUCAUAUACGGAAGACCCAGUGAGCACAAGUUUACUGUUCCGGACAGGAAACGAGUCCAACUCCCGCAAAAAAUCUAUGUUGAGAAUGCUUCCUGUCCCGCCCAGUGCUAUGGAGGAGCAAUGGCAUGAACUCCAGCACGAGACAGACUUCCACUCUGGAAGUUACUGUCCAAAAGUUCAGAUGCCUUAUGUUUGCCCUCCAGGACAUGUGCCCCGUAAGAUUGAGACUGAGAGACGUAGGAGGGAGAAUCAGAAGUUGGAUAUCAAUAAUCUUUUGGCUGAGCGAGGCAUUGAUUCCAACCAGCUGAUGCUCAAAAACGAGACGAGUCCACCAGUUUCAAACUACCUGUCUCUGGAGAUAUUCAACAAUGAGGACUUUGACUGCCGUACUCCAGAGGAAUGGCUGGCUUUAGGUUACGAGCAAGGCUCGGUCGACCGCAAACCUGUUCCUGCCAAAGCCCUGUUGCCGACAAAAAACAGCAUCCCACCUGUGGAUCCAGAGAGCCCAGCUUUGGAGUAUUCUUGGCAGUUGGUUGGGGUGCUACAGUACAGCCAGGAGAGGAAGGAGUACUUGGUGCAUAAAGCAGACUGUAAUGGAUGGGUUCGAGAUCCUGAUGGAAAACCUAUUUUGAAUGGAGGACAGAAAGAAGGGGUUUUGUCACUGCAAGAAGGGCAAUACUGGGUUCCCAGGAUCAGGCUGCUGUUUUGUGCAGAGGACCCACAUGUCUUUGCCCAGAGAGUUCAGUUUGCCCAGGACUUAAGACAGUACACUGAGGCCAUGAUCUUAUACCAUCUUUCCAUUGACUGUAUGCUAGACUGGAGUGGCACCCCCACCCUUGACCCCACCAGUUUAGAACGUAUCAGAAAUUAUGCAGUCUCCACACCAGGCCUCCAUUUUAAACAUCUACAGGAGUUUGUGAAGGAGCUGGAGGAAGAGCUUCGUUUGGAGUACAUUCACACUAUGAACCGGAUGUGCUUUGAUAAGGUGGUACAGGAAAGUCCAGAAGAGUUCCCCCACAUCAAAAUUCCUCAAAAAGAACCCGAGAAAGUUCCUGAGAAAGGCCUUGUGUCAGUCCCUGACUAUCCUUUUGAGAAGAACCGUGCAGCUUUUGUCUUUAAUACUCUGCUCACUAAGCCUGAGGUGAUCACUGUGCUGUCCAUAGUGAGAGAAGAUUGUAGCAGGGUGGCAAAAAUGAGCUUGUUCCAUGUCAGCUUCACAAAGUCUCUUAGCUUGGAGGAGUUUGAGUCGGCAGAGUCUCAGAAACACGCACAGGUUCAAUUGUUUCUGCAAGAGUCGUGGCUGGACACUUUAUGUUCUGGGAUUUCGUCUAGUCUGCAUGGAAGUCAUGACUGGUACAAUCUCUCUGUAUCCAACUGGGAUGUUUACCAUAUGUCUAAAUUGUGUCGCUUGAUGGCACUGAUACGCAGCAUUCAGCAGGACACACUCAGGUUCCUGGUGCAGGACUCCCUGGCCAGCUUAGCCAAAUUAUUGCUCGAUGCUUGCCAAAAUGUCCUACAAUGCCCCAAAGAUCUGACCUGGGGCCCUGAUCUCAUAAACAGCCCAUACAAGCCAAAAAAGAAACCCCUUUUCUCAGUGGAUUUGGUACUUGAUCAGACUGGUGUUGGUUACAGCACUCCUUUAGAGAGCUUUGAGACCUCCGUUAUCAACCUGUUUGAUAAAGGAAUCCUGUCCACACACAACAUACCUCAACUAGACAAGUUUGUAAUGAAGAACCUGCUCGUCGUUGGAUGUGUGUUAGAUACAGUGGCCUUGUGGGAACCUGAUGUCAACAAUCUGAGGGAGAGCAUCAGUUUGGCCCUGAAACAGGCCAUCAUACCUCUUAGAGCCUACGCCCGUGAAUAUGAGUGCCACCUUGAGCUCCACAAUUCAGAUAUCAACACUUUUCUAGAGUUGCACAGUCAGGAGAACCAGACCGUUCAGGAAGUGAAGCAGGAAGUUCUGGAGCACCUGAGGGAGAUGGAGCUUUUAAAUCAGUCCAUCCCUUCUGCCAUCAUCAUCGGUCCCUUCGAGGUCAGCGUGGAGGCCGUUCAGCAAAGCCUGGUGAAGAAACGCAGAGCCCUCGCCAGUGCAGUGCUGGACCGACUAGCUCUGAGGUUACGUCAGCAGAUACAGGAUGCAAGUACAGAGUGUAAAGCCAUCAGCAGAAAGCUGUCAGAGAAACCCAGCAGCAUUGAGGAGCUCAUAGAGCAGAGAGAAUGGAUGAAAUUACUCCCUGAGCAACUCAAAGCACAUGAAGAGUGUUUGUCCAAAGCUAUGUCUGAUUAUGAUCUAAUAGAUGAAUUCUUCUACAGUCUCUCCGAUGAGGAUGUCAGUGAGAAGUGGAUAGCAGUGGCCUCGCCCUGGAUGAUCCUGAACCAGAUGGAGAGAGUGAAAGCCCAACAUGCUGAGGAUGAAGAACGCUUCCUUAAGAUCCAGCUUGUCGACCAAAACAGCUUCCUGGAUCUCUUGAAUGUCCUGCAGAUGACGGUGGCUGGAUUAUCUGGUUACACAAACCUUGGGCGAGCGCAUGAGGUGGCAAAUGAGGUGCGGAGAGUGAGCAAGCAGCUGAAAGAGUGUCAGGAAAUGGCACAGCUUUACAACAACCGUGAACGACUCUUUGGUACACCAGUCUCUAAUUACACCGAGCUACAGAAGCUGAACAAAGAGUUUCAGCCAUUUUAUGACCUGUGGAAGACAACAUCUGAUUGGCUGCGUUGGCAUGAAAGCUGGCUCAAUGACCCGCUGUCAGCCAUCAACCCUGAACAAUUGGAGAAUAAUGUCAAUGAUGCUUACAAGACUAUGCACCAGUGUGUCAAACAGUUUAAAGACAUUCCUGCCUGUCAAGAAGUAGCAUCUGAACUCCGGACUAAGAUUGAAGAGUUCCGUCCAUUCAUUCCUCUGAUCCGGGGACUGAGGAAUCCUGGCAUGCGGAACCGCCACUGGGAACUUCUUUCUGAACGUAUUAACAUGAAUAUAAAGUCUACAGCGAACCUCACAUUUUCCCUUUGUCUGGAGCUGGGCCUACAAAAUCAUGCAGAGGAAAUCACCCAAGUGGCUCAGGAGGCUGGAAAAGAAUAUGCUAUUGAGCAAGCUCUGAUAAAGAUGGAGGAGGAAUGGUCAACAGUGAUGUUUGAGGUGAUGCCUUAUAAGGAGACAGGGACUUACAUCUUGAAGAGCCCAGACGAAGCUUCUCAGCUCCUGGAUGACCACAUUGUAAUGACCCAGAGCAUGACCUUCUCCCCAUAUAAAAAACCCUUUGAGGAGAGAAUCAGCAAAUGGGAAAGUAAAUUGAAAAUGACACAGGAAGUAUUAGAAGAGUGGCUCAUCUGUCAGCGGUCGUGGCUGUACAUGGAACCUAUUUUCAGCUCUGAUGACAUCAACCGCCAGCUGCCUGUGGAAGGGAAGAGGUAUCUGACCAUGGAGCGCACCUGGAGGAAGAUCAUGAAGGCUGCCCAUGAUAACAAUAAGGUGAUUGAGGUGUGUCCUGAACCACGUCUAUUGGCCAGUCUCAAAGAUUGUAACAAUUUACUGGAGCUCGUUCAGAAAGGACUGAGUGAAUACCUGGAGACCAAGCGAAGCGCCUUCCCCAGAUUUUACUUUUUAUCAGAUGAUGAGUUGCUGGAGAUUUUAUCUCAGACUAAAGAUCCAACAGCAGUGCAGCCACAUCUCCGCAAAUGCUUUGAGAACGUCGCCCGCCUCCAGUUCCAGUCAGAUCUGCUGAUCACACACAUGUACUCUGCUGAGGGAGAGGAAGUCCAGUUGUCCGUCCCUGUGUCUCCUUCUGGGAAUGUGGAGCAUUGGUUGCGGGAAGUGGAGAACUCCAUGAAGGCCAGUAUAAGAGACAACAUUAGUCGUUCACUGCAAGCCUAUGUAGAGCAUCCUCGUACAGAGUGGGUGUUGUCCUGGCCUGGGCAGGUGGUGAUCGCUGGCUGUCAAACAUUUUGGACUCAAGAGGUAUCAGAGUCUCUGGAUAAGGGAGACCUUGCAGAUCGGCUUUAUCCACAGCUACAAACACAGUUGGGAGAUUUGGUGCAGCUGGUGCGGGGUCGUCUGUCAAGGAUGCAGCGGGCGGUACUCUCAGCACUCAUUGUGAUCGAAGUGCAUGCUAAAGAUGUGGCAGCAAAGCUGGUUGAGGAGAAAGUGUCCAGUGUCAAUGACUUUGAGUGGAUCAGCCAACUGAGAUAUUACUGGCGUGAUGACCUGUACAUCAGAGCAGUGAAUGCUGAGUUCUUGUAUGGUUAUGAGUACCUUGGUAACUCAGGACGACUUGUUAUCACUCCAUUGACAGACAGGUGCUACCUCACCCUGACUGGUGCGCUUCACUUAAAGUUUGGAGGUGCCCCUGCAGGCCCUGCGGGUACAGGAAAGACAGAGACCACUAAAGACCUGGGCAAAGCUCUGGCCAUCCAGACUGUAGUUUUUAACUGCUCUGAUCAGCUGGACUUCAUAGCCAUGGGCAAGUUCCUCAAAGGCUUGGCUAGUUCAGGGGCCUGGGCCUGCUUUGAUGAAUUCAAUCGAAUUGAUGUGGAGGUUUUAUCAGUUGUGGCUCAACAGAUCACAACCAUUCAAAAAGCCCAACAGCAAAGAGUGAAGAAAUUUGUAUUCGAAGGCAUGGAAAUCACUCUUGUUCCAUCCUGUGCGGUCUUCAUCACUAUGAAUCCUGGUUAUGCUGGUCGCACUGAACUACCAGAUAAUUUAAAGGCCCUCUUCCGUCCUGUGGCUAUGAUGAUCCCUGAUUAUGCCAUGAUAGCGGAGAUCUCUCUUUACUCAUUCGGCUUCAGUGAUGCCAAAGUCUUGUCCAAAAAAAUUACCAGCACUUUCAAACUGUCCUCAGAACAGCUCAGCUCACAGGACCACUAUGAUUUUGGCAUGAGAGCUGUAAAAACUGUGAUCUCAGCAGCUGGAAACUUGAAGAGGGAAAAUCCUGAUAUGAAUGAGGAGCUGAUAUGCCUGCGUGCCAUCAGAGAUGUCAAUGUACCAAAGUUCCUUCAGGACGACCUCAAGCUCUUCAAUGGCAUUGUGUCCGACCUCUUCCCCAAGAUCCGUGAAGAGCCAAUAGACUAUGGUACCCUAGAAGAGUCCAUCAGGAAUGUCUGUGCAAUCAAAUGCCUUAAAGAUGUGGAUGGCUUUAUAACCAAGUGUAUUCAAUUAUAUGAGACCACUGUAGUCAGACACGGUCUAAUGUUGGUAGGACCUUCAGGCUCUGGGAAAACUAAGUGUUAUGAAGUGCUGGGAGCAGCAAUGACAGCCCUGAAAGGCCAACCUUCAGUUAGUGGAGGAGUAUAUGAGUCUGUACAGACCUACGUGCUCAACCCAAAAUCCAUCACUAUGGGGCAGCUUUAUGGAGAAUUUGAUCAGCUUACUCAUGAAUGGACAGAUGGUAUCCUGUCUUGUCUCAUUCGGGAUGGAGCUGCCUCCAUGGACCAGGAGAAGAAGUGGUACAUGUUUGAUGGACCUGUGGAUGCUGUGUGGAUCGAGAAUAUGAACACGGUUCUGGAUGACAACAAGAAACUGUGUCUAAGCUCUGGCGAGAUCAUCAAACUCUCCGAGGUGAUGACUAUGAUGUUUGAGGUGCAGGAUUUGGCAGUGGCAUCUCCUGCCACGGUUUCUCGCUGUGGUAUGGUAUAUCUUGAGCCCAGUAUUCUCGGUCUGACUCCAUUCACAGAAUGUUGGCUCCGCAUAAUCCCUGACCUGUUUCAGCCCUACACAGAUCAACUCAACUCUCUCUUCACUAGGUUCUUACAGGACUCCAUCCAAUUUGUCAGAAAAUCAGUGAAGGAGGUGAUCACCUCCAUGGACAGCAAUCUUACCUGCUCUCUGCUCAAACUGAUGGACUGUUUCUUUCAGCCCUUCAUCCCACGAGAGGGUAAGAAACCCCCUUCCCAGGAGAAACUGUCUCGGCUGCAGGAGCUGAUUGAGCCCUGGUUUAUCUUUUCACUCAUAUGGAGUGUUGGAGCUACAGGAGACGCUGCCGGCUGCCAACGUUUCAGUUCAUGGCUCAGGGGCAAGAUGGUUGAAGAAAAGGUCCAACUGUGUUUCCCUGAGGAGGGACUAGUGUACGAUUACCAUUUAGAUGAUGCAGGGAUAAGUUGUUUUGAUGAGGAGGAGGAGGAUGAAAAAGAGAGGAAGGUUCAAUGGGUCAAUUGGAUGAAAUAUGCCCAGGAAGUGGUCAUCACCCCAGAAACUAGCUACUCUGACAUCAUUGUGCCCACAGUUGACACUGUUCGCAUGUCGUUCCUGAUAGACAUGCUGCUUUCCAAUAAGAAGCCUGUCUUGUGCAUUGGGCCAACUGGCACAGGAAAGACCCUGACCAUAUCAGACAAGCUUCUCAAGAACAUGCCUGCUGAAUACAUCACUCACUUCCUGAUGUUCUCUGCUCGCACCUCCGCCAAUCAGACUCAAGACUAUAUCGACAGCAAACUUGACAGAAGACGUAAAGGUGUGUUUGGGCCUCCUUUGGGAAAAUAUUUUAUUUUCUUCAUUGAUGAUCUGAACAUGCCCAUGCUGGAAACAUACGGAGCUCAGCCUCCCAUUGAACUGCUGCGCCAGUGGAUGGAUCAUGGAGGCUGGUAUGACAGGAAACAGAUAGGCACAUUUAAAAACCUUGUUGACAUAAACUUUGCAUGUGCCAUGGGCCCUCCUGGUGGCGGCAGGAACCCCAUCACUCAACGCUUCACACGCCACUUCAACUUCCUGUCCUCCACUGAAAUGGAGGACGCCAGCAAGAAGAAGAUCUUUUCCACCAUCCUGGGGAGCUGGAUGGAUGGAAAUAUGAGUAAAAAGGACCCAGGCAAGAAAGUUCCAGAAAUUAAACCAUUCAAUGAGCCACUAGUGGAUGCCACCAUCAGGGUGUACUCCACUCUUACAUCUGCUCUCCUACCCACACCUGCUAAAUCCCACUAUACGUUCAACCUGAGGGACCUCUCAAAAGUCUUCCAGGGCAUCCUGAUGGCAGAGGUUGGGAAAAUAGAGAAUAAAAUACAGCUAUUGCAGCUUUGGUAUCAUGAGAGCUGCAGGGUGUUCCAGGAUCGACUGGUCAGCGAUGAGGACAGGAAGUGGUUUGACCAACUCCUCCACACUCACAUACAGGAGUUUGGGUGCAAAAUUGAGGAGGUGGUCCCGUACCAGCCAGUCCUAUAUGGGGACUUCAUGUUCCCUGGGGCUGUCAAGGUUUACCGGCUGAUUGAAGAUAGAGAGAAGCUGGCCAGUGUGAUGGAGGAGUACAUGGAUGAUUAUAACCAGACUAGCACCACUAAGAUGAAGCUGGUGCUGUUCAUGGACGCCAUACAGCAUGUGUGCCGUAUCAGCCGUAUCCUGCGCCAGCCCCUGGGGAACGCUUUGCUGUUAGGAGUUGGUGGCAGUGGACGCCAGUCGCUUACCAGGCUUGCGACACACAUAGCUGAAUAUGAGUGCUUCCAGAUUGAACUCUCCAAGAACUAUGGCUUCCUAGAGUGGAGAGAGGACAUCAAGAGCAUCAUGCUUAAGGCUGGUCUGCAGAAUGUGCAAAUCACCUUCCUGUUUGUAGAUACACAGAUUAAGAGUGAAUCUUUCCUGGAGGAUGUGAAUAACAUCCUGAACUCAGGCGAUGUGCCCAACCUUUAUACUUCAGAGGAGCAGGAACGGAUCCUGACUGCCAUGAAACCUGUGGUUCAGGACAUGGGCCAGCAGCCCACAAAAGCUAACCUCAUGGCAGCCUACAUCAAGAGAGUCCGUAGCAACAUCCACACUGUUCUCUGCAUGAGCCCAGUAGGGGAAGUGUUCCGGGCUCGCCUCAGGCAGUUCCCCUCACUAGUCAACUGUUGCACCAUUGACUGGUUCAGCGCAUGGCCACAGGAGGCACUACAGUCUGUAGCAACAUCUUUCCUCAAUGAGCUUCCAGAACUGGAGGCCAGCCCUACAGCCAUCCAAAGCCUGGCACUGAUGUGUGUUGAGAUCCAUCAAAUGGUGUCCAGGAAGUGUGAGCAGUACUUAGCUGAACUUUCCCGCUACAACUACGUCACUCCUAAGAGUUACCUGGAGCUCCUCAGCAUCUUCUCAUCUCUGAUUGGCCAGAAGAAGCAGGAGCUACACAGUGCUCGACAGAGAAUGAAAACCGGCCUGGAUAAGUUGCUGAGUACAGCAGAGGAUGUGAGCAAGAUGCAGGAAGAGUUGGAGAUGAUGAGGCCUCAGCUGGAGGAAGCAGCCAAGGACACUGUGAUCACCAUGGAGCAAAUAAAAGAAGAUACAGUGGUAGCUGAGGAGACUCGUGUAGCGGUGCAGGCUGAGGAGACUAAAGCCACUGAAAAGGCUCGUGUGGCACAGGCCAUCGCUGAUGACGCUCAGAAAGAUCUGAAUGAAGCGCUUCCUGCUUUGGACGCUGCCCUCGCUAGCCUGAAGUCACUGAAAAAGAAUGAUGUUGUUGAGGUGCGGGCUCUGCAGAGGCCUCCUCAAGGAGUGAAGCUGGUUAUAGAAGCUGUCUGUAUCCUGAAAGGUAUCAAACCCAAGAAAGUUGCAGGAGAGAAGCUCGGAGAGAAGGUUGAUGACUACUGGGAUGCAGGAAAGGGUCUUCUGCAGGAUCCAGGAAAAUUUCUGGAUGGUCUCUUCAAGUAUGACAAGGACAACAUCCCAGAUUCAGUGAUUAAACAAGUACAGCCUUAUAUUGACAACCCAGAGUUCCAGACUGACUCAAUCGCAAAGGUGUCCAAAGCCUGUACUUCCAUCUGUCAGUGGGUGCGAGCAAUGCAUGUGUACCAUUUUGUGGCCAGAGCUGUAGAGCCCAAACGGCAAGCCUUGCAGGAGUCUCAGGAGGAUCUGGCUGUAACACAACGUAUUCUGGAUGAUGCUAAGGAGAAACUAGCAGCUGUAGAGGAGGGCAUUGCCACACUGCAAGCCAAGUAUCAUGAAUGCCUGACCAAGAGAGAUGAGCUAGAUGCCAAAUGUCAGCUGUGUGAGAACAGACUGAUCCGUGCAGAUAAGCUGAUUGGUGGACUGGCUGAUGAGAAGGUCCGCUGGAGAGAGACAGUUCUGCAACUGGAGUACAUGGUGAAUAACGUGGCAGGAGAUGUGCUGCUCGCUGCAGGAUACGUAGCUUACCUCGGACCCUUCACUGGAGAAUAUCGUUCAGCGAUGGCUGAGGAGUGGCUCAGGGGUUUUAAAGAACUGGCAGUCCCUCACACAGAACGGCCAAGCCUGAUCAGCACACUGGGAGACAAAGUCAAGAUCCGCUCCUGGCAGAUUGCAGGCCUGCCCAAGGAUAGUCUUUCUGUGGAGAACGGAGUAAUUGCUCAAUACUCUCAGCGCUGGCCUCUGUUUAUCGAUCCGCAGGGACAGGCCAACAAGUGGAUUAAGAACAUGGAGCGUGAUAACACAUUAGCUGUGAUGAAGUUGAGUGACCGAGACUUCCUGCGUAGUUUAGAAAAUGCUAUCCGCUUUGGUAAGCCUUGCUUGCUGGAGAAUGUCGGGGAGGAGUUAGACCCUGCAUUAGACCCUGUGCUCCUACGACAGACGUAUACCCAUGAAGGCAACGUAGUUCUAAAACUCGGAGACACUGUCAUUCACUAUCAUGACGACUUCAAGAUGUAUAUCACCACUAAGCUGCCCAACCCACAUUACUCACCGGAGAUCUCUACUAAAGUGACUCUCAUUAACUUCACCCUCUCACCCAGUGGGCUAGAGGAUCAGCUACUAGGCUGUCUCGUAGCUGAAGAGAGACCUGAUCUGGAAAAGGUGAAGAACCAACUCAUUGUGAGCAAUGCACAAAUGAAACAGGAAUUAAAGGAGAUAGAAGAUCAGAUCCUGUUCCGACUGAGCUCUUCAGAGGGAAACCCUGUUGAUGACGAGGAAUUGAUAAGAGUACUUGCGGCCUCCAAAGUCAAAGCCGAAGAAAUUCAGGCUAAAGUGACUGCAGCUGAGGCGACUGAGAGGGACAUUGACGCCACACGUCUGGAAUACAUCCCAGUGGCUGUCAGAGCCCAGAUCCUCUUCUUCUGUGUGUCAGAUCUGUCAAAUGUGGACCCCAUGUACCAGUACUCUCUGGAGUGGUUCCUGGGGAUUUUUAUGAGUGGCAUUGCCAACUCAAAGAAAGCAGAUAACGUGAAGGAGCGUAUUUUCAACAUUAACGAGUUCUUCACCUUCAGCUUGUACAGUAACGUCUGUCGCAGUCUUUUUGAGAAACACAAGCUGAUGUUUGCCUUCCUCCUUUGUUCCAGAAUCCUGAUGAAUGACAGCAAGAUUGAUAUGGCUGAGUGGCAAUACUUGUUAUCAGGGGGCCGGCCCCAGCAUCAGGCUCCAAAUCCUGCUCCAAACUGGCUCUCCAUGAGAGCCUGGCAGGACAUACUGGCACUGAGCACCCUGCCCACCUUCAGUAACCUGCCAGAGAGCUUCUCCAAACAUGAGUCUGCAUUCAAGAGUAUAUUCGAUAGCAGCCAGCCACACAGGGAGCCUCUUCCAGGCGAGUGGGACAGUGGUUUAGACUCAUUUCAGAAGCUUCUGUUUCUGCGCUGUCUGAGAGCUGACCGGCUCACUCACGGCCUGCAGGACUUUGUGGCUUCACAGCUGGGUCAGAACUUCAUCGAGCCACAGACAUCAGACCUGUCUGUGGUGUUUAAAGAUUCGUCUCCUUCCACCGCUCUCAUUUUUGUGCUUUCUCCUGGUACCGACCCCGCUGCUGACCUCUAUAAGUUUGCAGAGGUCAUGAAGUUUUCAAAGAAGAUGACCGCCAUCUCCCUUGGCCAAGGACAGGGCCCCAGUGCUGAGGCCAUGAUGCACAGCGCCAUGGAGGUAGGACAGUGGGUCUUCUUCCAGAACUGCCACCUCGCUCCCAGCUGGAUGCCUUCUCUGGAGAGACUCAUUGAGAACAUCGAUCCUGACAAAGUUAACCAGGACUUCCGUCUUUGGCUCACUAGUCUGCCCAGCAACAAGUUCCCAGUGUCAAUUCUGCAGAAUGGCUCCAAGAUGACCAUAGAACCACCACGAGGCAUUAAAGCCAAUCUCCUGAGGACCUAUGGCAGCCUCACUGAUGAUUUCAUCACUUCCUGCACUAAGACAGCAGAGCUUAAGGCUCUCCUCCUGUCUCUGUGCCUUUUCCAUGGAAAUGCUAUUGAGCGCAGGAAAUUCGGCCCACUAGGAUUUAACAUUCCGUAUGAGUUUAUGGAUGGGGACCUGCACAUCUGCAUCAGCCAGCUGAAAAUGUUCCUGGAUGAAUAUCAGGACAUCCCAUAUAAGGUUCUGAAGUAUACUGCAGGAGAAAUAAACUAUGGGGGUCGUGUGACAGAUAACUGGGAUCGCCGUUGCAUCCUAAACAUCCUGGAAGAUUUCUACUGCCCCGCUGUCCUGGGCCCUGAACACCUUUACUCUCCUUCUGGAGAAUACAGACAAAUCAGCACUGAGAACAAUGUCAAGGGUUAUUUGACAUACUUUCGUGGCCUACCAAUUAACGACUCGCCGGAGAUCUUUGGCCUCCAUGACAAUGCCAACAUAAGCUUUGCACAAAAUGAGACAUUUGCUCUGCUGGGAACUUUAGUGAAGCUCCAGCCCAGAGCAGCAGCCACCGGAGGCAAGUCCAGAGAUGAGAUCAUAGAGGAAAUAGUGGAGGGGAUUGUGGAGAAGAUUCCUAGUCUCAUUAAUGUGCAGGAGGUCAUGAAUAAAUACCCAGUGAUGUAUGAAGAAUCUAUGAACACAGUCCUGCUUCAGGAGGUUAUAAGAUAUAAUAAGUUGCUAUCAGUGAUUUCCCAGAGUCUCAGUGAUCUGGUGAAGGCUUUGAAGGGUUUGGUGGUUAUGUCAUCUGAACUGGAGCUGAUGUCUAACAGUCUGUUCAUCAACGCUGUUCCAGAACUAUGGAAGGCCAAGGCAUAUCCAUCUCUUAAGCCGUUGGCUUCCUGGGUGUCAGAUCUGGUUCAGCGCAUAAGCUUUUUGCAGAACUGGAUCUCAGAUGGCAUUCCUGCUGUAUUCUGGAUCAGUGGGUUCUUCUUCCCCCAAGCCUUCCUCACAGGAACCCUGCAGAACUUUGCUCGAAGUGCUUCGGUCUCCAUUGACACCAUUGCUUUUGACUUUAAGGUGAUGAAGGAAGCAGUAGAAGAGCUGACUGUGAGGCCCGACAUCGGCUGCUUCAUCCACGGUCUGUAUCUUGAAGGGGCACGCUGGGAUUCAGAAACAGGCCAGCUUACCGAAUCCCGUCCCAAAGAGCUCUACACAGAGAUGGCUGUUAUCUGGAUGGUACCCGUUCCCAACCGCAAGCCCCCUCAGUCUGGAAUCUACGUGUGUCCUAUCUACAAAACUCUUACCCGUGCUGGAACUCUCUCAACCACCGGGCACUCAACUAACUAUGUAAUUGCAGUUGAGCUGCCCACAGAUCGUACCCAAGGGCACUGGAUCAAACAGGGUGUGGCCUUGAUCUGCACGCUUGACUACUAGACUUAUACACAAACCCUUAUUCACACACAAAAGCUUGAAGCAACAUUGGAAAAAUACAUAUUGAUGAAAAAAACACUGUUACACUGUAAACACUCUCAGUCAGUGUUUAGAGAUGACUACUGAGUUUUUAAAUGUAGUAAUAAAACAGUUUUAUGCAAGGAUGCAGUGUUGUACUAAAUCUUGGGGCCCUC